AUGACGGGCGGCAACAGGAGCAGCAGCAGCCAAUGGGAGCGAGCGCUCCAGCUGGGAGACGCUCUGAAGCAGCAUUUGGGGUGGGAUGUGCCUGUUGAUGCGCGUGGGGGGGACGACAGGGGGGAAAGCGGCACCGAGGGCAAGGGGGUGGGGGGAAGAGGAGGCGGUAAAGGGGGAGAAGGAGCAGGAGGGGGGAAGGGGGGUGCAGGCAUGGGGUAUGGAGUGGCGGGGUUGGGGAGGGCGCGUGGGAGCGUGGCGGCAAGUGACUGCAGCGAUGUGCACGAGUUCGUCAAGAGGAUGCGGCCUCUGCUGGACCUCGGAAAAGACGCCGAGGUGGCAUUGGCAGAAGAGGCAGCUCCAUGCGCUCACUGGCGUCAGCACAAGCCAAUGGGCGCGUGCUGUGCCACCUGCGCUGCAAAGAGGCCACAGCAGGCCUCAUGGGCAAGACCCUCCUCACCCUCGUGUCUAACAAGGCUGGGAAAGGCCCCAUCAAGGGAGCAGCAGCUGCCGGGGCGGACGCCGGACCGUUCUUAUUGA